AUGUUCUCUUAUUUAUUGAUUUUUGUUAUUCUGGUUUCAACAACAUUCUCGGAUUUCGAGACUGACUUACAAAGAAUAAAGGAAGAGUACACUUGCUACCCAAAUUGUACCUUUAACUAUACUGAAAUCAAUUCUGAAACUGCAAAACUGUUCCCAUCUUCUUGCUACUCGAUUUGUGGUUUGAUAACGAUUAAUGAGAAUACUGAUGUCUCGUUUGCAACACUGGAAAAGUUGUUCCAUAGAAUGUACACCCUAAAAGGGGGUUUAAGAAUCGAGAAUACGACACUUCGAAGUUUCUCAUUUUUACAACUACAUGGAUUUCUCAGUUUCUUUUGUUUUCCAUUCGGAACCAGAAUAGUCAACAACACAGAGCUAGUAGACGCUGAAGCUCUAGAAAACAUUGUCCACGUCUCCAAUACCAGUCACGAGUGUAAAAUGGAGAUUUUGGAUAAUUCAAAACUGGACGCCUCCAGAUUAUGUGAAUCACAGUUCCACAAUAGUGUUCAGAAUAUUGAAGUGCUGGAUAACGGAAAAGAUUGUGGAUGUUCAUCGGGAAAAAUCACUCCUAGAAAUUUGCCUGACUUUAAAAACUGUAUUGUGUUGUUUGAUGGACUGGUAUUAACCAAUAUGUCCUACAACUCGAAUUUGAAAUCUCUAUCGAAAAUUGCGAAUAUCAGAGGAAAUGUUGAAAUAGCUUAUACCAAUUUUAAGGAUCUCUCAUUCUUGAAAUCACUUUCGAAAAUCAGAGGAAACACUUUUGAGAACCUGGAAACAGUUAUUCUGGAUAUCCAUGAUAACCCAAAAAUGAAGCGAUUGGGUCUGGAUUCAGUAUCGGUUGAUACACUAGAGCAAGAUUGGGUUCCAACUAUGAAUUUGGAAAAUCUACAUCCAGAUUUUUGUAUAACUUAUCAAGAAGCUGUGUCACUGUCCUAUGUGAGAUUUAAAAAUCUUGAAGCUAAAUUUUGUGAGACCGAAUGGAAAACAGAUAUGAAAUCUUGUAAAUUCAAAAGUUUGCGGGAACUGGAAUCGGAUUGUAUUAUCAUUUAUGGCAACGUUUUGAUAUCUUCUGGAGACGAGGAAUACGUGGAGAAGUUAGAAGAUACUGUGUAUAUUUUUGGAUCAUUGACAAUUCAGAAUUCCGAAUUGGAGAAUAUCAGAUUUCUGAAGAUGUUAGGAUGGAUUUAUUUUCUCCACGAAACACUUCCUGUUAUUCAUAUCACAAAUAAUAAGGAUCUCAAGAAAGUUUCACUUCCAUCUAUAGUAUAUUGA